GGGUUUCGUCUCUUUCAAAUCUAAUCCAAACCCGUCUCUCCUUCUCUGAUUUGGGUUCCUUCUCCUUCACCGCCCGGCCCGGGUGCAAACUGCAAACUUUGGAAAAUUUAGUACUGCCUGCUCAAAAACCUUUUGUCCUUCUUAGAAAUCAAAUUCAGUUUGAUGAAUGUACUAAAAAGAAGACCACCAUGAAGUUUGGAGAAGCUUUUACAGAGUACUUGCACGGAGGUCAAGAGGGGUUUUUGGAGAAGUAUUCUCACGUUGAGUAUAAGAAACUUAAGAAAGUUUUGAAGACUUGCAGAGCUUGUAAAGAGCUUAAUGAUUCUUCCAAAUUUGAGCAAAAUGGAGAUCACCAUGACAGCCGCUCCGAGUCUGAGUCGUAUCAAUGCCAAUCUUGUGCUUUGUGUGAUCAGAUGUUCUUCUCUGAGUUGAUGAAGGAAGCUUCAGAUAUAGCUGGAUGCUUUAGUUCUAGAGCUAGACAUCUCCUGCAUCUUCAUGUUGCUCGGGGAAUGCAGAGAUAUGUAUUGCAAAUACGUCAAUGUUUCAAAAAUGAUCAGCAGGCCAUGAUGGAAGAAGGAAGGAUGUUGAUUGAAUAUGUUACAAUGAAUGCAACUGCUAUUCAAAAAAUCCUCAAGAAAUAUGAUAAAGUGCAUGGCUCUGUGAAUGGGAAGAAUUUUAAAUUGAAGAUGAGGGCUGAGCAUAUAGAGCUUUUGCAAUCCCCUUGGCUGAUAGAACUGGGAGCUUUAUAUUUGAAUUUUAAUGGAAUAGAUAAUGGAGAAUCCAUUGAAAUUUCCGGUCAUUUUUCCUGCAAAUUCAAUCCUUCAGAGCCUCUGAUGGAGUUCACACUUAUGAAUUCUAUAAAGCUAAAAUAUGAUCUAACUUGUGCCAUUUGCUUGGAUAUGGUUUUUAAUCCAUACGCUUUAAAUUGCGGCCACCUCUUUUGCAAGUUUUGCGCUUGCUCAGCUGCUUCUGUUUUAAUGAUUGAAGGCCUUAAAGCAGCUAGUCCAGAUUCAAAGUGUCCAAUCUGCAGACAGGCUGGAGUAUAUGCAAAUGCAGUCCACAUGCUUGAACUAGACCUGUUAAUAAAAAGAAGGUUCAAAGACUACUGGAAGGAGAGGAUGCAUGCAGCACGUGCGGAGAUGGUGAAACAAGCUAAGGAGUUCUGGGAGUCACAAACCAAAUACAUGAUUGGGUACUACUGAUUGUCAUGUCUUGGCUUUCCUUAUGAUGGAGAAAACAAAUGAUUCCACUAGUAUGCUAAUUGAAGUCAUAGGACCUCGAGGGAGUCGUCAUUAACAAUUGUCAUAGUAUAUAAUCUUUGAGAUGGUGCUUUUUUUUCUAAUAAAAAGUAUGAACAAUAUUUUGCAGAUUUGCAAUUUGAGAUGGAGGAAAAUUCAUUUUGAGUCA